AUGUUUCAAGAAACUCAUCUAUCAACUUCACUGGAAAUAUCAUCAUUAAAUUUAAAAAAUGCUUUGGAUCAUCAUUUACAUAUUUCAUUAAGCCAUGACUCUUCAUUAUCAGUUCUUUGCUAUGACAGUGUAUUAUGUUAUUUAUCAAAUGUUAUUCACCAUGGUCCAAUAAAUGAAAUUGAAUCAAAUUUAACACGUUUCUUCACAUAUAAACAAUUAGAACAAGCAUAUUAUAAUUUACAAAAUUCUCUUCAAUAUUCUUUAUCAAUUGUAAAUUCAACUACUGAUCAACAUGUAUAUGACAUUAUUGAACAAUGUAAAAAUAAUUUAACAAAUGUAUCAUGUUUAUUAUCAACAAUACAAAAAAUUUAUUCAAAUAAAUUAUUUUCAUAUUUACCAAUAUUUGUUACAAAUGAUUGGAUUCAUAUGAUACGUUAUAUUCAAGAACUUGCAAAAUUUGAUAGACCAUCAACAACAACAGUAGCUGAUUUAGAAGGACAAAUAACAGAUUUGACUCAAUAUAUAUCAUUAUUACAACAAUCAAUUAAUAAUGUUAAAAAUCUUCCAUCAUCAACGUUAACAACAGCAUCAAUUGAAUCUUCAACAUCAACUGAUCAAUGCUGUUUACGUACCUAUUGUCAACACACAACAAAUCAACGUAUUACAUCAAUCAUAGAUUCUCCAACAUCAUCAUGGACAUCAUUAGAUCUUGAUAAAAGUCUUAUACCAGCAAUUAAUCAACCCAUACCAGGUUUUAUUCGUAAUCCAGUGUCAAAUUUUUUGAUGCCAACAUCACCACAAUUAAAUGAAAUAACAUCAUCAAUGAUGUCAACGGAUGAUAACAUAAGUAGUGAUGAUGAACAAUCAAUAAGUUCUAAAACGGGUUCAGUUGUUGUUAUAAGAGAUGAUGAUUUAUGGAUAUAUCCUGUUGGUGUUGAUGUUCGAAAAACAAAAUUUUAUCCACAUGAAUAUAUACGUUCUCAAUCUUUAUUUAAUCCAACAAACGAAACAAAUGAUCGAAAUAAUACAUUUAUUCGAACGAAUAGUUUUGAUGAUGAAGACUUUGCGAGAAAUAGUUUAGCGAAAUUAAAACCACAACAUAAAAAGCAUAAGAAAGGAAAAGUUGUAGCCGAAGAAACACCUUGGUUUCCACGUCGUAUUACUGAUUUGGAUCAAUGUUCAAAUAAAGUUCUAUUAUAUGGGGUUGAUCUCGAUGCUGAUCAUCCUGGUUUCACUGAUCAAGUUUAUCGUGCACGUCGAAUGUAUUUUCAUGAUGUAGCUAUUGCAUAUAAACAUGGAGAUCCAAUACCACGUGUAGCAUAUACAAAAGAAGAAACUGAAACAUGGGGUGUAGUAUUUCGAAAUUUAAAUAAUUUAUAUCCAACACAUGCAUGUAAUGAAUAUUUGGCUAAUUGGCCAUUAUUAAGAGAAAAAUGUGGUUUUAGAGAAGAUAAUAUUCCACAAUUAGAAGAUAUAUCGCGUUUUCUUCGUGAACGAACUGGUUUUACAUUACGUCCUGUUGCUGGUUAUUUAUCACCCAGAGAUUUUUUAUAUGGCUUAGCAUUUCGAGUUUUUCAUUGUACACAAUAUAUAAGACAUUCAUCGAAUCCUUCAUACACACCUGAACCAGAUUGUUGUCAUGAAUUACUUGGUCAUAUACCAUUGUUAGCCGAUCCGAAUUUUGCUCAAUUUUCUCAUGAAAUUGGUCUUGCUGCUAUUGGUGCAUCGGAAGAAGAUAUUAAUCGUUUAGCAACAUGUUAUUUUUUUACAAUUGAAUUUGGUUUAUGUCGACAAAAUGGUGGUCUUCGUGCAUAUGGUGCUGGGUUACUUUCAUCAUGUGCUGAAUUAGAACAUGCAUUAAGUGAUCAAGCUAAAAAAAUUCCAUUUGAUCCAGAUGUUGUUUGUAAACAAACAUGUUUAAUUACAACAUAUCAAGAUCAAUAUUUUGUUUCAGCUAGUUUUGUUGAAGCAAAAGAAAAGAUGAGAGAAUUUGCUGUAUCAAUAAAACGUCCAUUUGCUGUUCGUUAUAAUCCAUAUAAUCAAAGUAUUGAAAUUGUUUCAAAUACUCAACAUGUUGCACAAAUAAUAUCGGAUCUUAAAGGUGACAUGUGUAUUAUAUUCGAUGCAUUAAAAAAACUUCAAAAUAGUUUUACAAACGGAAUAAAUAAUGAAAAAUAA